CCCAUUUCAACAGAUCUCAAUUUAUUUGGGUUUUUAUCUUUUUAUACAAAGCCUUUUUUGUUGUAGAAAUAUGGCUGCAGCUGGUGCCCAAGGGCUGCCUACGUGGGAGAGAAAAGCACGUAUAAUACUUUGCGUUUUAGGGUUCGUUUUGUCCAUCUAUGCUCUCCACGUCGAGCUGUCUCGGGAGAGUAAUCCAGACUAUAGAGCAAUGUGUGAUUUAGGGCAGUACGUGAGCUGCUCCAAAGUUUUUACUUCCAGAUGGGGACGUGGAUUUGGAUUGGUCCAGAUCUUUGUAGGCCAAGAAAGCCCUCUGAACCAGCCUAACAGUGUGCUUGGCAUCGUAUUCUACACUUUACAGCUGGGACUCGGUUUGUCUUUUUCUCAGAGAGCUGCAGUCUUCUUGGUCUUGGCCUCUUGGGUGUCUGUGGCCGGAUCCCUCUAUUUAGCAUCUAUUCUAGUUUUUGUUCUGGGGGAUUUCUGCAUGGUUUGUGUGUCAACUUAUGCUAUAAACUUUGCAUUGCUCUUCACUAACUUAAAGAGAAGGAGAGCAUUGAAUGAAAUGAAGGAGAAGGCUGAAUAAAGCAUAUGACCUUUACAAUG